UCCCUACCUCCCUCCCUCCGUCUCUCUUCUGACAGAUAUAUCGUCAUUGUGCGAGCAGGCGGAAGGAGCUGGGUUGAACUUGAGAACGGCUCACGAGAGGAGACGGAGGAAAGGACAUGAUGCUGCUGCAGUAACCGACAUCGUUGUUAAAUCAUCGCAGCAACCAGCGUAGCAACCAGCGUAGCAACCAGAGUGUCAAGAAUGGAGCUGAUGAUAGUUAUCCUCCUACUAUCUCUAGCCCAGUCUGCAGAGAGUGGAGGAAAACCAGCUAAGAAAGUCAAGAAGGGAAAGCAAGUCAUAUGUCCUUCACAGCUGUCUGCAGAGGAGAUUGCUCAGGUACCAGCCAACUCCACCAGCAACAUCCUCAACAGGCUGAUGGUGACAUAUGACUCUCGCAUACGACCCAACUUUAAAGGUGUUCCGGUGGAAGACAAGAUUAAUAUGUUUAUCAACAGUUUUGGCUCCAUCCAGGAAACCAACAUGGACUACCGUGUGAACAUCUUCCUGCGUCAGCGGUGGAACGACCCGAGGCUGAAGCUCCCGGCAGACUUCAAAGGAGAAGCGCUGACGGUGGACCCCAAGAUAUUCCAGUGUCUAUGGAAACCAGACCUGUUCUUCGCCAACGAGAAACAUGCCAACUUCCAUGACGUCACGCAAGACAACAUCCUGCUAUUUAUUUUCAGGAAUGGAGACAUUCUCAUCAGCAUGAGGUUGUCAGUGACCCUGUCCUGCCCUCUGGACCUCACUCUGUUCCCCAUGGACACACAGCUCUGCAAGAUGCAACUGGAGAGCUUUGGCUACACCACCAGUGAUAUAUAUUUAUAUAGUGUUGUUAUUGUAGUUGGCUGCACAACCAGACUCUCACAGGACUCUCACAGGACUCUCACAGGACUCUCACAGGACUCUCAACCAAUGUGGAACUACAGGGGAAGGGAAAGCAGGUCCUCCGGCAUUCAGGUGCCCAGUCCGUGA